GAUAUAAUCUGCAGUAGGGAACUAACGACCUAAACGUUCAGUAGUGCGUUUUAUGUUCGCGAUGAAACUAUUAUUAUUAAAUAUUCUAACGGCAACAUUUUUGGGCCUUGUUUCCUCUCAGAGCCUAGUGCUAGUUGGAGGCGGCCUAACCGACGGAAAUGCCGAAAUUUGGAACAAAGUGGUCACGCUUGCGGGAGGGAAAGGUGUGGCCAAGAUCGGGAUAUUCACUACGGCAUCUUCAGAUCCCAUAGGAGCGGCUGAGUACUAUGUUGAUAUGUUCGUGAACGUGUACGGGGCGGCCAGCGCGACGUAUAUUCCAGUUACUGAAACUAGUAACAAUGCCGACGACCCAUCCGUAGCCGAACUGGCAAGACAACAAACUGGAUUUUUCUUCGGUGGAGGCGAUCAACUGAGGAUUCUUACAGCCCUUCGUCCUAACGGCAGAGACACGCUAGUUCUAACUGCUGUCAAAGAUAUGCUAAAAGCUGGCGCAGUAGUGGGAGGAACCAGUGCCGGGACCGCUUGCCAAAGCUCGGCUGUCAUGAUCACAAGUGGCGCUAGUUGGGAUGCUUUGACUUAUGGGGCUUUCAGUGGAGGACCUAAACCACUUCGUUCAAAUGACCUAACUUACGAUGAAAAGGGUGGACUAGGUUUACUAGACGCUGGCUGGGUAACUGAUACGCAUUUCAGCGAGCGUGGUCGAGAAGGUCGCCUCAUUCGGUUGUUGCAGGAUACCAAGGGCCGUGAUAUCGGAACUCCUCGAGGCUUUGGUGUGGAUGAAGAUAUGGGCCUUGUCGUCACGGAUUUGUACACAAAACCUGUCGGAACUGUUAUCGGUACUAGUGGAGGCGUGUUUUUUGCUGAUGUUACCAACACGGUGGUUGUUCCAUCUCAGAAUACUUUUUACACGGGGGUUUCAGCCCACUACCUAACUCAGGACGACUCGAUUGAUCUCACCACUGGAAAAAUCACAUUUGCAAGUUGGAAGUCUCCCCUGAGAGGUAACGAAUAUUACACGAACGCCGACGUGUCCACUGAUAUUCUAUCCGCAAAUUUGAAUCGUCGAUGGGCUACCUUUGCCGACCAGUUUUUUGACAAUAGAAGAGAUGAUUUCAUCGCUCAUUUAUCUUUCGAGAGGGAUCCCCGAUUCGAAGUUACUUUUGACCGUCUGAAUGGUGCUGGAUACGGCGGAUAUUUUCCUAGCGAUCCCAGCACAUUCGUUGUGUCCUACGAAAACCUCCAAGUUGCAAUCCAUGAAAGUACAACUAUUGGUUAAAUGUGACAUAGGCUUUUGGCGCUUUCCUAGAACACACGAAAAUGAGCUUUAGGGGCUCUACAGUAGUUUACUAAUACACUGAUUCAGUUGUUUAUCUGCAAAAUCAAAA